AGAGUUGAACGUGAUCCACGAAUUCCCACUUUAUAUCGACUAAAUUGGUGCUAACAAUUUUUGUAUUUAUUUAACAAAGAUAACUACCUAUUUCUAAACAAAAACUGAGACUAAAUCUAAAAUUUAAGACAUUUAUACACCAAACUAAAUAAUUUUUUGAGAUAAAUACAUCGUAGAUAAAUCAAUAAUCGAAUAAUAAAUAUAUAACAUAUAAAAAACGUAAUAAAAUUUUUUUGGCUAGAGCAAAGACAUGAAAGAGUCUUCUUAAAGACCAAACUUUGUGCUGCUAUGGACAUAUUUACAGGACAAGGUAAAAGAUAUCGAGCUAAUGCCAACGACAUGGAUUACCAUCCUCAAGGAUUACCGGGAAGCACUAGAGUGGUUCUUAAUCACCUGGAUGUCUCUACACAGGCCAAUAUUCAACAUAGUGCGCUGAGCUACGAGUCGGAGGACGAGAUGAUGAGCCGGAUGAGCCGCGACAGAAAGGGCACACCACAUUACAACAGAGAAGAUAUUAGGGAACAAUAUUGCAUCACCGAACGCGGUUUGGGUGCCUUGGAAACCAAACAAAGCUUGUUCGGAUGUCUUUCGUCUCAUCAAGGCUCUUGCUCAAACCGUACAUCUCUCCUUACAGCUUGCGUGAGACAGAAAGUUCCUUCGGACGAGAAUUUGUACGAUCUUUAUAGAAGGCAUCCAUCAGAGUAUGCCCCAUAUCCAAGAAGAAGCAGAUAUCCAUGGGGUCCGGUAGUAUCUGAUAUCUACCGCUAUGAUGAAGAUUUAAAAUCGUCAUACUUUAGAAGAAAACCAAUCAUAGAUCCAAGCCGCUAUACUUGGAUGCCUUCCGACGAUGAGUCAGUCAGAAUGGAGAAACCUAGGUCUAUCAUUGAAAACUGCCAUGAUAGGGUUACUAAUUCUUCUUCCGUUAUGCUGCCAGGGAAAAAGCAUGUUAGUUUCGCUAGAUCUCAUACUCUAGCGUCUUUUGACAAUGCUCUAUCUACUCUUAGUUAUUCUACUGGGCAUUUGAAUCAGAUAGCUACAAGUCAAGAGAGGUUACUGGACGUUAGGAAACCUGAGUUGACGCCUAUCAUUACUAAACAACCUGAGCAGGAGGUAUUUUGUGAUAAAAUCAAAAGAGUGCCGAUGAAGACACAGGCCACUCAAACCGAAGUAGGUCUAGGAAGGAAACCAUUACCUCCUCACAUAAAUUUAAGUCCAAGAACUAUACAAAAGGUCAAGAUGGUAUCCCAAGGCGCCCAAACCAACGGUAUCGCCACAAACGGCCGAAAACUGAUCAAAUCCUACUCGGAAGCCGGCAGCAAAUUCGGAAUAUCGCCGGUGAACGGAGAAAUUAUUCCUUUUGAUACGAUUCCCGAUCACGAACCUUUACAAAGAACCCAAUCUGACGAACCUCCUAGAUCUCCGUUCAUCGUAGAUAAGGCACCGACUUUUUCUUUACCCGAUCGUAACGGCCCAGGGGCAGACAGUGAAACUUCUUCUUUAACCAAAUCUGACGAGCACGAAUCUGAAGAUUCUGCUGAAUCCAAAAAAGAGAUUUUUAUAGAUUUUAAGCCGCAACUUUCCCCUUCAAGCAAAAUGUCAAAAAGAACCCUGAUGAAGGCUCUGUCGGAUGGCGAAAUUUUGCUGGAACAAAGAAGAGUAAAAAUAUCAGACGACUGUGUUGUUCCUGAAAAGCCGGUGCAUUCUGUUAGCCAUGAGGAUGUUCAUAAUGAUGACGAGGAAAGGAUAUUCACGCCGUAUUUCCAGAAAAUGCCAAUUCAAAAUGAAGGUGUCUGUAAACCCCUGGAAGAAAACGUCUAUUCUUCACUGGACAACGGAAUGUACGCGCAGGACUCGAUCGACGAGGAUUUUCACGAACAUUUAAUUUACAGCAGAACGUACUUGGACACUCACGAAUUUAAUGGUGAACAACACAUCAACAUGGAGAAUUGGCUAAAGGACGAUUCGAUUGUACCUUCCAUAAGUUUUCUACCGCACGCAAAACUUUCUCCCUUCACUUCGAAUGAUUCUUUAGCUAACGAGACCAGGGAUCAGUCCGACGGAAUUUGGAACGAAUCGCAAGCUACAGUACUACAAGUGGACUCAGGAACUGACAACGGAACAAUCUUAAGCAGCUCAGAGUUCAAUUCAGCCACAUCACCCGUUUCUACAUCCAUCGCUCUAACUCCAUCAUCAAAAAGAAAACACAUGCUCAUGAUUCAACACCAACAAAGAUCUUCCAUGGACACCGAGAACCUCGACGAAGAAACUGUGGACCAAAAUGUAACAUAUUUAAGAAAAGUAUCUCCGGCGAAGACUGUGGAAUCUCCGGCAUCGCUAUUUCCAAGACAAUACUUAUCCGUAGAGAAUAUUUUACCGAUAAGAAAAAAAUUCACGCCAGAAACACCCGUCGGUUCGCCUCUUCCUGCUGUAGUUCCUGAUCUUUUGCUGUCUAGAACUGAUUCUUGUAGAACUAAUACAGAUGUAUCAGAAAGUACUACUACUGACGACUAUAUCACUGCCAAUUCUGGUACGGACAGCUCAAGAAAAAGUGGGUCUAUUAAGGGUCCCGAAUUCUAUAACAACCUUCAACAAGCCCACAUUACCGACGGCUCAAGCCUGGAAAGCGCUCGAGGCUUGGACGCUAUCAGCGACGACAUGGUAGUCCCAUCCUUCUCCCCUCCUCCUACCACCAGCGCUUCAACAGUUGGUGAUUCCUCCCACAGCCUCUGCAAUACUCCAGUGCCUAAUAUUCGCACCGGCCGAUCGACUCCGUCCGAGGACAGCAGCUCCUCUUGUGGAAGUUACAGCGUGGGAUCCACUCCGGAUUUGCUGGAUAGAUUUACGGAAACAGUGCCUUCAAGAAAUAAAAAAGUCUGCCCCCCUAAUGUAUCUGACGAUGAAAGAAGCGUUAGGUAUUCAUCGUCUGGGUAUUAUGAAUCACCCAUGGAAGAUGACACAACCUGGACGUCGCCGAAGAACAACCACCAUCGUCGUUGCAAAGACUUUACCCUAGACUUAUCAAAUAACCCCAACAAGUCAUAUCUCGAAACAUACUCCAUCUUGAACCCCAAACCCAAUAAGAGGAAUAUCAAAGCUUCCCCAUCCGCCGAAAAACCGAAAAGAUCUAAACCGCGAAUGAGAAGCCCCAUGCAGGGUAGUAGGAAAAACUCGCAGCUUAAAAAACAAGCGCAUAUACAAGAAAAAGAAAACAAAGCAACUUCAGACGAAUCUAGUUGCGACAUCGCAGUCAAACAUCUCAGUAAUCAAAACUCUCCGAGAAGGGGAAAGAAAACUAAAGAAAACAGCAAAAAGAAAGGAAUACCCAGAUCACCUGUUAGUCAAAGAAGUAACCAGGAAAAGAAAUCUUCUAGUUUACCUGGAAGUUUAUCAAGAAAAAAGUCUUCGAAGCAGUGUCACAAUUUAGCUCCUGAAAGUGGAUCGAGUGAAAGGAAAAAUUCAGUGAGUUCCCCAUUAUCAUUAACUCGCCAAAGUCCAAAGAAAGUUGAAGACUCUACAAAAUUGAAAGCACUAAGUGCUGAGUCACUAAGAUCUGUGAGCCCAGGCAGUGACAGCGUUUUCUACAGCGACCCGAGCAGUCAGACAGCAGAUCAUCAAGUCCAUUGUCUGCAUUGUGGAAAAGAAGUGGAUAUUGUCACCACCGAUGACCCAGAUAAAAGUAUAUCCAGUCUAGAAAAUCCCGAAGAGAUCGUUCAACCACCAGCGGGGUUUGAAGACUCGCCGAGAAUUAAAUCAAGCGGUAGAUUGUUCAAGAAGCUAGAAAGAAGAAUUCGAUCUGAAGAAAGGAAUUAUUUGGAGAAUAAGAAGAAUCGGUAUAAAUCAGAAGUUAGAGCAAAGUCAGAAGAACGUGGAGCCAGCACAUACAAAAGCAAACUGCGACCGAUGGCUAAAUCUACCACAAGCAGUCAGGAACAGCUGAAAGCGACUGAUUCCAGUCCUAGUGUUCUGCCUGGGGCACCAGAAAACGAGGACGAUACCGGUAUUUACGAUGUGCCUUACAUGGAAGGUUGCUGGAUACACAUUGACGAAAGGGACGAAGUUAUCGCGAGGACAUCCUGCUCAAGUCCAAGUGACAAGCCAUCUUCCCGAAAAGAUUCAAUAUCGAGUACGGAAUCUGAACAGGAGUUCAGAAAGAAGUUUCAAGCUGUAACACAUCGAAUGGUGCAUCGAAAAUCUUGUUUAGAAAUGUAUAAAAGGCAGAACAACAAAUCCUUUGAUUGCGACAAAACCGUAAUAGUUCGCCGAGAAUCGGGCGAAUUUGGGUUUCGGAUCCACGGGUCGAAACCAGUUGUUGUAUCCGCCAUAGAACCAGGAACUCCGGCAGAAACGUCUGGCUUGGAGGUGGGAGACAUUGUUCUUUCGGUUAACGGAGUCAGUGUACUCGACAAGAAUCAUUCGGAGAUUGUUAAAAUUGCCCAUGCUGGAAGUGACACAUUGAAAAUGGAGGUGGCCAGAACGUGUUACGCGCUCAGUCCUCAACAAGAAGAGGAACCUUCUAAAAUUUUGUUUAGUGGAUACCUUUGGAAACUUAGCGGAUACGCCAGUGGGAAUUCUAGUAACAGAUGGAUGAGGCGAUGGUUCUGUUUAAAGCAGAACGGAUGUUUGUACUGUUACAAAACGGACAUGGAUAAACACCCUGUAGAUGUAACUAUGUUACACGAUCAAGAAAUCCAAACAGUCGACGACCAAGAAAACUUUUCCAAAUCCCACGUGUUCAUAGUCCAAAAACAUGACGGUGUUCCCUUGUACUUAGCCGCAGAAUCCUCGAGUAUGCAAGAAAAAUGGGUAGAAGAGAUGAACAAACUGAUGAUAGACAACAAACAGCUUUUAGACAGUUUCCUUGAUAGGACGAAAAGUAAUUUGAUGUUACCUCCCUGUUCGAUUAAAGAACCAGAUUGUUUUGGUUAUUUGGUAAAAUUAGGCACACAGUGGAAGAGCUGGAGUAGGAGAUAUUGUAUUCUAAAGGAUGCGUGUUUAUAUUUUUAUCAGGAUGCUAAUGCAAAAAAUGCUUUUGGGGUUGCUUAUUUACACGGAUACAGAGUACAACAAUACUUAUCAGGAACUAAAAAGUAUGCUUUUGAAAUUGUACCACCAGACUCUAACAAGAAACACUAUUAUUUUCAUACAGAUUCUGAUGCUGACAAAAAGAGAUGGAUAGCAGCAUUAGAGUAUUCAAUAGAUAAAUGGAUGAAAAUUUAAAGGAAAAAUUGGGUACAAUACAAAAUAUUUUAUGAAGAAUUUCGAUGAAGACAUACAGUGACCACACCAAAGAAUUUGGAUUAAAGAGUAUUAGCAUUUUACCAAAUAAUAAAGUAUUAAUUUCU